AUGCACGCCCGUUUGUUCCUCGCGUGGCUCGCCAUUGCCAUUAUCGCGGUGCUGGCCCAAUCUUCGAACGAAUACGACGAAGAAUCGGACGACGUGCCGCUCAAAGUCCGUAGCGCACUUGCAGAAGAAGCUCUGGGUGUACUCGACGAACAUGGAGAGAAGGUCGAUGUCAGUCUCGAUGGAUAUGAUCACGAUCUUGUCGCGAGAGAUCUCGAAGAUGAGCCGACAAUCGAAGGUCUCGAAGGCCGUGACGCCGGUCUGGACUAUGAAGCACUGCGCAAGCUGGGUCGCAUGAAGCCGCAUCACGUCCAGCAUCAUGCGCGAGAUGACGAGGAUGACCAAGAUGAUGUUACACCGUAUGUCGACCUGGACCCUGAAGACGAAGACGAUGAUGAAGAUGCCGACGCGCCAUUCGCGGACGAUGAGCCUGAUCCAGUUGGCGACGCCGAUAAGGUAUCGCAACCACCUAUCGCUGAGCGGGCCGCUGGAGACGACGAUGAGGACUUCGAAGAGGUCUUUGACGACGAAGAAGACGAUGAGGAAGUCGAACAAGGGGAGCCUGGCAGUUACGACUCCGGCCUCUACGAGCGCUCCUUUGGACUUGAUUCCGAGGAUGAGGAAAUCGACUACUCGCUCGAAGGCUAUGAUCCAAGCAUUCUCCGUCGUGGAGAAGACGAUGAUGACGAGUUCGAUGAAGAGACUUUCGACUUCCACUCGUUCCUCAGCGAAUCUCCAGACUCCCCAGCCAGUGCUUCAGGAGCUCACAUCUCGGAGCGCGACAUCGCGGCGGACGCAGACGAAGAUUUCGAAGGGUCGACAGACGAGUGGUACCAGGAUGAGCGUCGCAAUGCUCGUUAUGUGGAACUCGAUCCAGAGCCGACUGUUCUCGUAGGCAAGCCACUCCAGGCCAAGAGAGACAUCGUGCCGGACGUUGACGAGGAUGAUGAAGGUGAAGGAACUUUCUCGCCCACCGAAGAGACGGAAGAGAGUGAAGAGGAUGAUCGAUGGUUCAACGAGUGA